AUGUCGACUCAUACACCCCGUGAUGAACUGGCUCGUUCGUUCUCUCCAUUGGUCGCCGUCGUUGCAAGCCAGGAUGCCGAGGAAAUAUGUCAAAAGAACCACAUUCCUUCCUUUGCCGAUUUCUUGAAACCCUUUGGCAAUCUCAUCGAGGGUCGAGUCUCUCCACGCGAUUGGCAAGGAAUACCUAUUGCUGUGGACAAUUUCAGUGUACGGUUUCGGCACGUUGACAAGCUUGGAGAGCCUAACCAUCAAGCUGUGAUGGGUGUCGUGGAUGAUCAUGUACGAGCACGAAAGGCACCUGAGAUGCAUGAAAUAAGGACACAAGGGGAUGUCAAUGAUGGCUAUUUGGAUACAAGCUUAGAUGAACGAAUGCCUUGGUAUGCCGAUUUUAGAAAACUUGUCAUGUCAUUACGAGGCAUCAGUGAACACGAGACCUUUGAUCAUCCAGUCGCCGUCUUCAUCGCCAUAUCAUCCUCCAACCCUGAUCCAAUUGGCACCAUCACUCAACUCUAUAAUCCCAACAUCCCUUCCUUCACCAUCGAUCGUCCUUUUGUUGAUCCAAAUAUCCUGCGAUAUUAUGUUGUCUUGCAUGAUCCAAAUACCACGUCGGAGGAUCAAGCAAAGGCAACAUUUGAAAAGGUGCAAAAAUCGUUGGGCUUGCAUUGCCAUAUGCUUCGCGUCAAUUCCAAACCGAGAUCCAAUACAACCACCAGCCUGCUUGACGACGACGUUGUUCCCAAUGAACCCGAUGCAGAUCCAUUCAUUCGUGACCUAUGGCAAGAAUCACUCGCUGAAUCAGCCAUGAUCGAAUCACGUCUCCAAACACAUGCCAGCAACAUCACAUCGGCAGCAGCAUCCGAGUCUGGCCUAUCCACCCAUACACGAUCGAGUUCUGUAUCAUCCAACCUUAGCAGCAGCAAUAGUGGAUUACAAAGCCUGAACAAUACCCAACCACCCCCCUUUCCUUCACCCACACCUCUUGAACUCAGCAAUGUAUCUUUGGAAAGCAGCACAUCGGUGGAUCGCAUUGUUACACCUGAUAUUAUGCAAGGAGAGAAUAAUGAUGCUCCAUCAUCAUCAUCAUCCACCGUACAAUAUGGAAGAUAUCUCACAGCAGAUGAUGUGACAUCGUGCAAGGCCAUGGUGCGUGAAUUUGUGGUACAGAGUCUGAUUCCGUUCAUGGAACGUAAUAUCCAACAUUGGAACGAGCAAGUAGCUUCAGCAAGACGUGGAUUGACAGGUCGAUUAUUUGGAGCAAGUCGUCGUCUCUUUGGAUCAUCGUCAAGAACCCAUUCGUCACAAUCAUUGCAAACAAUUGCAGCUACUGGACCCAAUGUACCAGCGGGUGUGAAUCAAGUCGUGGUUUAUCCAUUUACAGCGCCCGAAGCACAAAUGCGAAAGCUUGCUGAUUUUGCAUUCAUGAUCCGAGACUACAAGUUUGCACACACCAUUUACGAUACCGUGCGUCGAGAUUAUGCUACCGACAAGGCAUUCAAAUACCAUGCUGGCACACAGGAAAUGAUUGGCAUUUGUCUAUUAAUGAUGAAUCAGCCUAUGCGUAGCAAAGUCGAUGUGGAUCGUAAUUUUGAGCUUGCCGUACAACAAUAUCUUGCCCGUUGUCGAUCCCCUUUUCAAGCAACGCGCACUACCGUUAUUUACUAUGAGCUACUCAAGAUGCAUCGUAUGUGGAAGGAAGUGCCUACAGCGUUGGUACGCAUGACAGGUGAAGAUUCAGACUUGCGAUCGGCCUUAUUCUUGGAACAAGCAGCGCAUUGUUUCCUACGUGCCCCUCGUCCCAUGGUGCGCAAAUAUGGAUUCCACGUGGUGAUGGCAGCGCACAGAUAUGGCAAGGCAUUACAACGUCAACAUGCUUUUCGAUGUUACAAACUGGCAUCCCUUAUCUUUGAGGAUCGUUUAUGGUCGGUGGCCAAGAGUCAUAUUCAAUUUGCAUUGGGACGACAAGCUUUCCAUUUGGGCUUGUUGGAAGAAGCCGCUACCUAUUUUGCGAAUGUUCUUGCGGAUGACAAGCAAACACCACAGCAACAAGCAGCUCAUAUUCGUGAAUUCAUGUUCAUUUAUCGCCAAUACACCAGCCAAGCAGGCAUUGAUCCUUUAAAGGAAUCGAUGCCCAAUUUGGGAUUGCCUGUCAUCAAUGAUCAAUGCGUUCAAGUGACUUUAUCCAAUGAACAAUCGCACACGGAGAAUCAAGAAGAGUGGAUGACCAUGGAGCGUGAAUUGGUUGAGGAAAACAUUGCCGAGGGAUUCUUUAGUGGAUCGAAAAAAGCCCUGGCAUUACAACAGCAUGAUGAUAAUCGGGUGGUGUGUGCUGUGGGAGAACCCGCCAUUGUACACAUUGAACUCCACAAUCCCUUACAAGUCCCGAUCGAGCUCAAUGAUAUCGUCCUUGGGUGUGUGCAUCGUGAAUCCAUGAAGCCAACCAAAGAAAGCCGAGAUGCCAAAGCUGAAGCAUACGAAGCCAUGAUUGAAGGCACGCCAGUACCUGAUUCGAAUGAAGUGUUUGACUUUGGAGGUGAUUUCCAUUUGCAAAAGAUAACCAAUUUGACCCUUGAGCCAUUGGAAAAGAGGCAGGUCAAUUUGGCACUUGUUCCCCGAAAAGAAGGAUCCAUCCUCAUCAAGGGCAUUCAUUACACGCUCAACAAUCUUGUACACACGUUCCGACCCAUCAUCAAAAAGGGUAAACGCCUCAACGAUACCCUUGAACAUCGCUUAUCGGUGGCCUAUGGAUUGGACCACACCCUGGAUUUGCUUGUCACGUCGCCCAUGCCAUUGCUCGACCUCGCAUUCCAUAGCGUACCUGAAAGCAUCCUUUCUGGUCAGGUCGUACAAACCGUAUUGGAGAUCAACAACAAGGGCAACAAGGGAUUAACAGCCUUACGGCUAAAGUCAAGUCAUCCCAGCUUCAUUUGCAUUGGUAAUCCCGAGGAUAUGGACAAGGAAAUCUAUGCUGGUGAGGCAUCUGGUAACGAGACAUUGACAUUUGACAAUAAGCUUUAUGAUCCGAGCGUGAUGUCUGUGCCAUUGCCAAAUGAGGAGAAUGACAAGGGCGUGGUGCAUUCUGGUAAAACAACCCUGGUACCUUUAUGGAUACGUGGCGAUCGGAUUGGAAAACAUACCUUCAAAUUUUUGUUUUCUUAUCAAUCAGAGGAAGACAAUCCAGCUAUUGCACAUCGUGUAUUGCGUUAUACGGUGAAUCUUCAAGUACUUCCAUCGCUCAAGAUCAAUGCAUUCACCCGGCCUAGUGCAGCUACACCACAAGAGUAUAUCCUUGGUAUUGAGGUGGAGAAUUUACAAGCGGCUGAAUUUCACCUUACUCAGCUCAAUGCAGCCAGUCGAGUGUGGACUGUUGUACCACUUAGUAUUCAAAUGCAGUCAAGAGAGGAUGUCAAAGCAAAAACAUAUAUUCCUAUGCGACAAACGACCUUUGCAUACUAUAAGAUUUGCAAGUUACAAGAGAGUGAGCAUGAUCCUUCCAAGUUGAACAUCACCAAGUUAUCCUUUGGUGAUGCUGAGAUACCCUUUGACACUGUACCACUCAAGACCUUUGCUUUGAAUUCACGAACAUUGUGGCGUCAGAGCAAUGUACAAGCGCAACAUUCACAUCAAAACGAGACAGAAGAACCGAGUCUUUAUAAUCUUGGAGAUUUGGAUUUGACGCUGUAUUGGGAUAUCCCCAGCAUGAAACGACAUGGACAACAUUAUAUCAUUGGUAUCAGUCUUGCCAACUUGUCAGACAAUGCUCCUCCUCCACCACCCGCUCGCCCUUCUCUCUCAUUAGCUCUUCCCAUUGACACCAAAGCAUGA